GAAUAAAUGUAAAGGAUGUCUGCUGGAGGGACGUUUAGAGCUGUGUCCGCGCUGCUUAGGAGCAACGGGAGUGUUCAGCUGCGGGGAUACGCUAAGAAAGCGGUUUUUAAAGGUAAAGGAAAAGGACUUGCCAAAGAUGUUCAGAAAGGUCCUGAAGUUUGCAAAGAUCCACUUAUCUUGACCACACAUGCUAUGGGGUUGAAUAUAUACAAAAAUGGUUCAGAUAUCAAGUUGAAGGAUGAGUGUCAGUACCCAGAAUGGCUUUUCCAAUUAGAUCUAGGUCCACCUAAACCUUUGGAAGAGAGAAGUCCAGAUACUCCUGAGUACUGGAAACUGCUUCGAAAACUGCAUAUGUGGAGGAACAACCGUCUAGCCAAAGCAAAGAAACUCUGAUGAACAAAUCAUCCUGCCUUGUUGUGUUUGUACUAUGCAGUGGUUGCUUUUUAGUAAGCUUCAAUUCAACAAUCCAGGACUUUUCAAUU